AUUCGUUCUUGCAUCAAGUAUGAAGGAUACCAUCUCCGCUCUUGGUCACAAAUAUUAGGACAAUGACUACGACAUAGAGAACUAGUGCUACUACACUGUUGGAACUGUAUUAUGAUCAUUACUAAAUAGAGAACUGUUGGAACUGUAUCAUCCCGCCGGCAGGCUAGGAGUACUGCUAGGGACGCGAAUGAAUGAAAGCUACAACUUACACUGAAGCCUGUACUAAUGAGUCCUUUUCGUCAUUUACCCUUUUGUGAGCAGGAAGAGGAUGGCAGGCGGCUUACAGCUUGCGGCACUAGAGGCAUCGUUUCGAGAGGUUGCUGAUUGGCCUCAGCCUUUUCUUGCUGCUGGACGGACGCUAGCCAGUAAGAACGAAGCCUACAGUCAAGGGUUUGCGGAUGUGUUGUUAAGACUGUGAUGUGGUGUUGGUAAGAGUAAGACUGUAAUAGCUGUGCAUCCACUACUAGACAGUGAUAGAGAGAUGUGGAUAUCUUAGCUGCAGAAUCUGAGUACUACUUUUCGGUCUAAAGAAGUACUUCUAUCCCCUCUAAUCCAAGCAGCUCUCGAUGGCGCAGGGAAAAACGUCAAGAACCUGUUGGCUAGAGUCAGUCAGGCUGCCGAAUUGAGUCGGAGUCCCGUGGCGUUGCUGUUAGCAGAAAAGCCUUGCCCUAGCGUAGAAGAAGCGGCCAACGAAGGACAUGACUGGCAUAUGCAGAUUGGUACUAGAAGAAGAUUUUGAGGAGUGGCAUUGAUUAGAAGAUUUUUAAGAGUGGCAUUGAUUAGAAGAUUUUUAAGAGUGGCGUUGAUAUAUUAUAAGUGUAAAAAAAUGGUACUCGAAGAGAACUGGUGACACCUCCUGCGGCUUCGUUGGUACUAGAAAACUUAUAUAUGAUAUAAUUUCUAGCAGUUAUGUUGAAUCGAUGGAAUUUAUAAUGAACCUCCAGGUCGCGUAAAAAACUCGUUGCUAAAAGGAGCAAAGCAUGGGGAGGCCAAGGUUGUAGGGAUCAUAGACAAAAUGCGUGAGAUAGCAAGACAGGCUAUGGCGGAUAUAGAACGAAGUACAGCACAAAGUGCGACACAACAAUGAAAGGUGAACUCCCAACAACAUAUUUACUUUAAAGUUUUCUAGUAGAGAGGUUUUUAGCACAAGUCUCGACUAC